AUGACAGACGCAGCCAACCCCACCACUUACAUCCGCCCCAGGACACGGCAAAGAGUCCACAAGGCGCCUCAGUCUCUGGAGGUGCCGGACAUCGAAGACGACGCCCCCGAGAGGAAAAGGGUGUUGAACGUCCUGGCCCAGCGCAGAUACCGAGAGCGCAAGAGGCAAAACCGUCUCGCCAAACAGAAGCAAGGGGCUGCUGGCUCGGAAUCCCAGGUGUCUCAGACAGUUCCUGACCGCCCUGCACUGCCGGUAUCUGAGGCUGUCAACCCGAUCGCGGGGCAUGCAGACGACAUCUUACCGUUCACCGGCGAUGCAGGGGACGCUAGCGCGGCGGUGGUGAGUCUGGAUGCGGCCGUUGCCUGGCCGGGCGAUCUGUCAGACGGCACCGCCAUGACGGAUUUCAUGUUCAUGCCGAUGCUGGAUCACGGGAUGAGCGGCGACGCGGCGGUGGCGGAUUCGUACAGCUCGCGAUCGACAAUCGACCCAGCGUCUCUGACGACCAGCUCGUCCUCAUCGCCGUCCCCGGACAGCUACCUGCUCCCGAUGAGCGACCUCAAGGUGCUCAACGGCCUUCUUCGCAUAGCGACGAGACUCGGGUCGUACUCCGUGAUGUGGGACCCCGCCGCGAACUCGCCGUUCAACCAAGGCGCUGGGACGCCGUCGGCACUGUUGCCCGAGACGUGGAGGCCCACGGCGACCCAGGCCCUGACGCCUCAUCAUCCGAUCAUGGACUUCCUCCCGUGGCCGGAGGUGAGGGACCGCAUCAUCAGCUUGUUCAGUCUGCCCGACGCGGCACGACCGCCGGCAGCCCGGGGCCCGCUUGGGCUUGUCAACUUUGCAUACGACUUGGAAGAUUCGUCCGAGGGCGCGCGUAUCUGGGGCGCAGAUCCGUACGAUGCUUCGAGCUGGGAGGUCGGCCAGGUACUCUUUCAACGGUGGUGGUUUGUGUUUGAUAGGGGCGUCAUUGAGCAGAGCAACAAAUGGCGUGAGUUGAGAGGAGCCGCGGCUUUGCACAUGCAACCCGGGAGCAUUGUGGAUGAUUUGUCCGAUUCCAGUUGA